AUGACGGCUGCAAACAAGACAGUGGUUUUGAUCACUGGUGCCAACAGAGUAGGUAUUGGAUUUGAGCUCGUCAAAAAGUUUCUUGCAAGGGACAACACAGUAGUAGUUGCCGCUGUACGAAAUCCAAACAAUCCUUCUUCUGUUAGCUCUCUACCAGAGCUCCCUCACGGAGCCGAAAGCUCUCUCCUUGUCAUCAAAAUCGAUAGCCUCGACAACUCUAGCACUCCAUCCAGCAUCGCAAGUAUUUCGGAUCGCAUCGGCCACCUCGAUCUCGUCAUUGCCAACGCUGGGGUCCAGACUCACCAUGGCCCCGUUUCAGAUACGCCUCUAGACCAGAUCACCUCUCAUAUUGCCAUCAACACAGUGGCCCCAAUCGCACUUCUGCAGGCCACCAAGCCUCUCCUACGAAAUGCUACUAACCCUAAAUUUGUUGUCAUUUCAUCCUCCAUGGGAAGUAUCACGGACAACAUACCCGAAAAAUUCGGCGCCUACGGGGCCAGCAAGGCCGCCGUCAACUACCUUAUGCGCAAGGUCCAUCUGGAAGAAGAGUGGCUUACGUCCAUGGUCAUCUGCCCUGGAUGGACACAAACGGACAUGGGGGAUGGUGCGGCGAAGACUACCAAGUUUGGCGAGCAAGCGCCAGUCCCAUUGGAGGUUUCCAUCACUGGAGUUGUAGAGGAGAUUGAUGGUCUUACGCGGACUGAGAAAUCACGAUUUGCUUCGUACGAUCACAUUGAUCGUCCGUGGUAG